AUGGUGGAGCGCAAACAGCUUUGGGAACAUCAUUGUAGCUUCUCGUGUGCUGGAGUUCCAUGGGCUGUUAUUGGAGACUUUAAUAUUAUACGCACUAAUGAAGAACGUGCUGGCGGGCAUCCUCAGCCAAGAAAUGCAAUGCUUGAGUUUAAUUCUUGUAUCAAUUCAUGUGGUUUGAUUUAUUGGAAGAUUGAAGGGAGGCAAUUAUCAUGGUGUAAUGGACAACAAGGAAUGUUGAGAAGUUGGGCAAAACUGGAUCGUAUUCUAGUUAACAAUGAUUUUGUGGUCAAGUUUGGGGAUGUUUUGGUUCAGUUUCUUAGCAGAAGAACAUCAGAUCAUGCUCCUCUAUUGGUGCAAUUUGUGGUGGAAUAUAAUAGAUAUGGGCCAGCGCCAUUUAGAUUCCAGAACAUGUGGGUCUCGCAUAGGGAUUUUAUGAAUGUUGCUGAGAGGUGGAUACAAAGAGAUGAAUCUAGAUUAUCGCAGCAGGCGAAACAAAGAUGGAUGGAGGAGGGAGAUAAGAAUUCUAAAUACUUUCAAGUUGGAGGUUCUAUAGUGAAAAAGAUGCGGUUACAAGAUGGUACAUCGCUUGAUACGCCAGAGCUAAUUCAUGAAGAAGCUGUGAGAUAUUUUGAGAAUUUCUUGUUGCAAGAUGAUCAGUUGGAGUUUCCAAACUUAUCUAAUUUGAUUCCAACAGUUGUGGGUGUAAAUGAGGAUAGGUGGCUGUAG